CAUUGAGUGCGAGUCAGUGCUCAUCACAAUCACUGAUUGUCCACACAUUUCAAGACAACUGUGAUUAUAGUGAUUGCACUCAACAACAACACAACAACAACACAACAACAACACAACAAUCAAUACACCAAUGAUUGUCACCAAUAGAUGAUUCAAUUGUCUCACAUUUGACCCAUUGAUCAAAUGGUCAUUCAAUUGUCAAAUAAUAACAUUUAAAUUAUAAAUUUAUCCUAUAAUUAGUUUAUCCAUUAGUUUUAAUAUUUAUUGUUUAAUCAAAUUAUAUUAAGUUUUGCAACAAAUUGUUUAUUAAAAUUGAUUUGUAAUUUGCAUAUAAAAAGUGAUUGUUUUGUAAUUGAAUUGUCUUUAUUAGACAUUGUUAUCGAUAGUGAUCUUCAUUGACAAUUAGACUCUACUGUCAUUUAAUUGUUUGGUUUGAUAUUUAACCUCAAUUGAUAUGAUUGACAUUCAUUGAUGUAAAUGCCAUUCAAAGUGAUGAGAUUUUUCUUAUGAUAUGAUGACUAAAGUAAGCCAAUGAAGGCAAGACAUAGUGAAUCAAUUAAUUGGUGAUACAAGACAUAGAGGUAUUGUUUUUGGACACUAUGUUUGACUGGGAAGAAGGCGAUCGGUUUUCGUUUGAAGACUCGGAACGAUUUGAAGAAGACUCGUUGUGUUCKUGGAUGAGUGAGCCCGAGUCGGUAUGUAAUAACUGGAGGGGAUGGAAGAAGUCUUAUAAUACACCCAUUGGAUUCAAUGUUAACAAUAAUAGUGCCAACAAUCAACUCAAUGGUAAUAAGCGUAAAGAUGAAUCGCUAUUAUCUUUGGUGGAGUUGUCGGCACAAGCAGUUGCGUGUCACAUACCAUUUGAAGUGGUAGAGCACGUGUACCCUCCCGUUCCCGAACAGUUACAAUUGAGGAUUGCUUUUUGGAGUUUUCCCGAAAACGAAGAAGACAUAAGACUUUACUCGUGUUUAGCCAAUGGAAGUGCAGAUGAGUUUCAAAGGGGAGAAAAUCUAUUAAAAGCUAAAGCAGUUAAAGAACUUUUGCAAAUCGGUUUUCAUUUGAGUGCAACCGUAACCCCUCCGCCAUCAUUGGGUAUAUCAAAGGGUUCAUACAAUGUUGCCGUCACUUUUGAUCGCAGACGUAUCACAUCCUGCAACUGCACCUGUCCCGGACCCGGACCUGUCUCCUGGUGCUCACAUGUCGUAUCAGUUUGUCUCUUUCGUAUCCAUCAGCCAACUCAAGUUUGUCUUCGCGCACCUGUAUCUGAAUCAUUAUCUCGUUUACAUCGGGAUCAGUUGCAGAAGUUUGCUCAAUACCUUAUUAGCGAACUUCCUCAACAGAUAUUACCGACUGCUCAAAGACUUCUCGAUGAAUUGUUAUCGAAUCAGUUAACAGCUAUAAACACUGUUUGUGGAGCACCCGAUCCGACAGCAGGUGCUUCAGUUCAAGAACAAACCAAAUGGUGUUUAGACGAAUCACAACUUCAUGAGAACAUUCGUAAAAUAUUGAUAAAGUUAUGCGUGCCGUCGCCCAUAGUCUUUAGUGAUGUUAAUUAUUUGUCCUCAACGGCACCGCCCGCAGCGGCCGAAUGGUCGAGUCUUUUACGGCCAUUAAGAGGCCGAGAACCAGAAGGCAUGUGGAACUUGCUAUCUAUUGUGAGAGAAAUGUUGCGGAGAAGCGAUCGAAAUGCUAUACCAUUGCUGGAAAUACUUACUGAAGAAGUGUUGGCAUGCGAUCAGAUAAUUCUUUGGUGGUUUAAUACCAAAGUUUUACUUCACGCGGGAAUCAAUGGUCACGGAAACAGAUCCAAUAUUCACAGCAACACUCACGCUUCACAACACGCCUGUAGCAGUCUUUGUGAUGAAGUGGUAAUUUUAUGGCGUUUGGUUGCAUUAAACCCGGCUCUGUCUCCCAGUGACGCUAAAAUGUUUUACAAUCUGUUACAUGACUGGCACUUAAAAACAGUAGAGAGAGUUCUCAAAAUGAGAACUACUAUGAAUAACGGAAACACGACUAAUAAUAUCAAAAAGUCGGACAUUGAUGUAUUUACCGGAUUUAAGCCAGCAAUGGAAGGUUGUCUAAUGGAUUGGAGUGAUUACCCGAUAGCUGGUAUUACUUAUUUUGGAAACCGUCCUAAUAGGUGGUAUACCCCUCCAGUACACGCAUCAACUCAUUCAACACAGUGUUCAACUCAAACAAUAAGCACUGAAAAUGCCAUCAAUUCAAAUAGUUCAUCAUCAAGAAGAGGUCGUUCCGUCGAAAUUGGACAACUGUUGGCUCAAUCACCCAACCAUUUAGCAGAAGCUGAACCAAUACCUUCGACUUCUAAAACAACACAUUCUGUGAUUCAAUCGGCACAAACCUUGCUGUCAAACAUGAAUUCAAAGAGUAUAAAAAAUAAUGAAUCCAAUAGAAGUUCAUUGAGUAGUGAAGGCUUUUGUGAGACUGAAAAUGAGGCAUUUGAUGAGUCCAUUGCUGUUACUGAAUCGGUAUUGAAAUCUACAUCUAAUGAAUCGAGAAAUAGACCCGAAAUCUAUAGAAAUAAUAGUAAUGAUAGCACUGAUAUGGUUGCCGAUGAAAAUGGCAGCGAUACCAGUGCUGAGAGUAAUACGAAUCCAUUAGAUGCUAAUAGUAAUGCUGUUAAUAACAAUAAACCAAAUGUUGAAACCAACGCAAACAAAGUUUCAAAUGAAUUUGACUUAUAUUAUUAUAACUCGAAAGCAAAUGAAAAUAUAUCACCAAAAGCUCAGUUAUUAAAAUCACUAAAAGAAGAUUUAGAUGAAAACCGUAUUCAAGUUGUGAUCAAAAGAAUUGAAGAUCCAAUUGAAAUACUGUUUGCCAGAGCAGAGGCACUUCACGCACACGGAAGAACUCUUGAAGCAUGUCUUUUGGCUGUUAAGUUAGCGGAUGAGCUUCUUAGUAAUCCACCAAAUCUUUUAAUAGAAACACCAACUCCACCGACACGAGGCAAACGUAAUCGUCGGUUUAAUCCAAUCUGCCAUCAGGUAAGUCUUCUGGCAUCGGCUACACUCUCAAAGGCUGCUUUCUUGUGCUCUGUUUUGGGAGAAAAUACCGAUUAUCACUACUUAGCCUUUAAAGUUGGUUUGUUUGGUCUGGAAAUGGCACGACCUCCUGCUUCUACAAAAGCACUUGAAGUGAAGUUAGCGAAUCAGGAACAGGAUUUAGUUGCACUUCUUAAGCGAAUUCCUUUAUCACAUAAAAUGAUGCAAAGUGUGAGAGAAAAAGCUGAACAAUUAAGAGAUGGUAUCUUAACUACAAGAGGCGAUGCAUUAUUACCAUUGAUGUUAGCGUCUUAUAUAUUUGAUGCACUGGUUCUGUCGUCCACACAAAACCAAAUACGAACUAAUAUUGUUAGUAAUAUUAGACUAUCGACUGAUGAAAAAUUAGGUUUUGAAGCCGCUGUGGCCGCACUCGGUCUUAAAGCUAAUGUUUCUGAAGCCGAACAUCCAUUGCUAUGUGAGGGCACUCGUCGACAAAGAGGCGAAUUAGCACUUACUUUGUUAGUACAUUAUAAAGACGAUCAGCAAAAGUUGCAUAAAAUUAUGGAUAAACUUCUCGAUAAAGAAGUUCAUCAAAUGUACAGAAAUACAGCCGAAAGUUUUGGUAAUACUUCUAAUAUCAACACUACUACAGCAACUGCUACACCAACACCAACCACUACUCCAUCAAAAAGUUUGCCACAAGAGGCUAAUAAUACAUCUCAUAGCGAAGAAACCGAAUCAACUCAAGUAACAGUUGGUUUAGCAAUCAAUGGAACAACAAAUAAUCAGAAUUCAUUACCAUCUGAAUCAGCUUCUAGUGAAUCGACUUCUAAUAAUGACUUGAGAUCGACAAAUAAAAGUAAAUGUGAUACCGAACGAAAUGAAGAGGCUGGCAGUCCGUGUUGGGAUGAAGACUAUAAGGCAUGGGAAGCGCGUUUCAGAUGCACUAACUUUAGAACCAAUAAAAAACAUUCAGUUGGAAUGGCAAGCAUUGAUAGCAGUGCUCCAGAAACUACUUCAAGUGAUAAUUCUCCAACAGUUGUUCGCAGAUCAAUGUGGGUAAGACCCGGAGGUCCAGGAAGUGAUAGUGGCAGUAGCGGAGAGAGCAGUGACUCAUUUUCAUCCAGUUCUUCGGGUGAUAAAGCAGUUCGUAUCAUCAAUAAAGGACGCGAUGUCGAGAGUCCAAAAGUUAACGCAAUUACUAACAGAUUAGCCAAUGUGUGUACCAUUGUUGAGACGGUUGCACCCGUUGUCGUCGCUAAUAAUUCAAGGACUACAACUAAUGGUACAAUUACUGUAAACAAUACAACACCGUUAGUAAUAGGAAACGCAUCGCCAGUUAUCACAAAUCAGACUAUGAAAGCGAUUCGUUUUAAAGGCAAACGCGCUUAUCCAUCCAUACCUAACCAACCGAGUGAAGCAUCAGCUCAUUUCAUGUUUGAAUUGGCCAAAACUGUUUUGGUUAAGGCUGGAGGAAACAGUACCACAGCUGUACUUUUUACUCAACCAUCGGCCACUCAGAACUGUCGCGGACCUCAUAGAGCACUGCAUAUGUGCGCCUUUCAAAUUGGUGUUUAUGCAUUAGGACUUCAUAAUACUGUUUCACUCAAUUGGUUGUCAAGAACUUAUUCAUCACAUGUUUCAUGGAUUACUGGUCAGGCUAUGGAAAUCGGUAACUCUGCUAUUAAUUUUCUAAUAGAAACAUGGGAAGGACAUUUGACACCUCCAGAGGUGGCCUCUUUGGCCGAUAGAGCUUCUAGAGGUCGCGAGUUAUCAAUGGUUAAAGCGGCCGCAGAGUUAGCCCUCUCAUGUCUACCACACGCCCACGCACUUAAUCCCAAUGAAAUUCAAAGAGCACUCAUUCAAUGUAAAGAACAAAGUAAUGAUAUGCUUGAGAGAGCUUGUCUUGCAGUUGAAUCGGCCGCUAAAGGAGGCGGUGUAUAUCCAGAGGUGUUGUUUGAAGUGGCGAGAAAAUGGUAUGAAUUAUAUGAAGAAAAUCUUCAAGAGAGAGGAAGACAUUCUGCUCAAAGACAAUCACAUAGAAAUAUACCAAAUAUAGAGCAAAACAUUAAUGGAGUUAAUCCUGAAAUGCCGGCACCCGUUGUCAACAAUAUUAACGUAAAUUCCGGUAUUUGUAUGAAUGAUCAAAACCAUAUGAUUCUACAAAAUGAACGACAACAACAAUACGAUCCAAUGAUGGCAAAUGUGGGCCAACCAUCAAAUAUAAUACCAGUUAAUGCACCUCAAGUACCCACAUCAACAGUUUCAUUACCAAUGAUGCCACCUCUCAAUUGUGGACCAACCGGUCCUUUUACAAUACCUCCACAUCCAUAUGGCUAUUACCAAAGUUUACCGCCAUAUUCACAACAAUUGCCACCAUUUCAAUACGUAUCGACAGCAAACACAUGUACCCCAUAUCCCUAUCCAUUCUAUCCGAAUUCAGUGACAUCAUCGGCUCCAUUACCACAUUUAAGAAAUAUUAUGCCACCCAUUUUAUUUCAAGCCAAUCAUCAACAAUUGAUGCCUUCAAUUAAUGUUACUCAAAAUGGUCAGCAGCCGUUCUCACCACGACCUCAUAUCAUUACAAUCGCAUCGUCAGCACCUCAUCCACAACAAGCUCUUCAUAUGAAUGCAACAGUAGCCCCACACCAACAGUUACAACAGUUAAAUACCAGACAAUUGGGAUACUUGUUAUCUGCUUAUAGAGUGGGUAUGUUAGCCAUGGAAACAUUGGCCCGAAGAGUACAUGACGAUAGACCACAAGCCAAAUAUGCCAGAAAUCCGUCGUAUGGAGAGGACGUCAAAUGGCUAUUAAAUGUGGCCAAGAAAUUAGGAACAUCAUAUUUGCAAGAUUUUUGCAUUUGUACUGUUAAUAGCGUUGCCUCACCAUUUGUAUUACAUGAGAUUGUAUUGGACACCGCACAAUACCUGACCCAUUCAACUACAACUCCUGGUAUCGCUCAUCCCAUACGAUCACACCUUUUGACUCCAUUGAUACAAAAAUGUCAACAAAUGUUCAUAGCGUGUACACACUUUAAGAUGUAUCACAUAACACCAGCCGAUUACGAUGAGUUUGUGACCAUUAUUCGGAGCGCAAGGUCUGCCUUUCAAUUGACACCGGGAGGUAACAUACAGUUCAAUGAACUGUUGCAAAGUUUAAGGCGUUCCAAGUCGUGUAAGAAAGACUUGUGGCAACAUAUCGCCAAUUCAUUGCAAACUACUAUUUGAUAAUUGGCUUAAUCUAGUAUUAAAUGAUAACUUAUAGCAAAUAUUAGUUAUAAAUCGCACUUCACUUACAAACAAAUGCAUUCAACUUAAAAUUAGUCCAAAUAUUAAUUUUUAAAUAAGACAAACAUCUGCUCAUAAAACAUCAUUUAAAUAUAGAAACAAUAAAAUUCAGUUAACAUCUAAUCGACAAAAUUUGUUUCAAUGAAUUGCUGUAUAAAUUGCUUCGAAAAUCUAUAAGAAAAACAUAAAAUUAGGUCUAAUAUAGAAAUAAAAAGCAAAAUAAAGUUAUAAAAUACUUUGGUUUU